AAAAAAUUAAAAAAGAAUAAAAGAAUAAAAAUCAGCAAAAGGGGGCACAAUACACGACGUAGCUUCGUCCCCUUUCUCAAAAAAAAAACCCUAAUUUUCGGUAAGAUCGAUUGAAUCAGAUAGCGAGCGGCAAUGGCGAAUAGUAAUCUUCCGCGAAGAAUCAUCAAGGAAACUCAACGUCUACUAAGUGAACCUGCUCCGGGGAUAAGUGCGUCACCGUCAGAGGAAAACAUGAGAUAUUUCAAUGUUAUGGUUCUUGGUCCUACUCAGUCUCCUUAUGAAGGAGGAGUUUUCAAGUUGGAGCUCUUUUUGCCUGAAGAAUAUCCUAUGGCAGCUCCCAAGGUUAGGUUUCUCACCAAGAUAUACCAUCCUAACAUUGACAAGCUUGGAAGAAUUUGUCUUGAUAUACUGAAAGACAAGUGGAGUCCUGCGCUACAAAUAAGAACUGUGCUCUUGAGUAUUCAAGCUCUUCUAAGUGCACCAAACCCAGAUGAUCCACUCUCUGAGAACAUAGCUAAGCAUUGGAAGAGCAAUGAAGCAGAAGCCGUGGAGACAGCUAAGGAGUGGACUCGUCUGUAUGCAAGUGGCGCUUGAUGGGGGAAGUGCAAAACGAGAAAGACCAUUGUCAUUUAAAAUAACAUUAUAUAUGGUGAAACGCUCUAUCUCAAGGUGUUAUCCGAAUCAUUUUUCCUAAAACAUGGAAAAAGGGUUUGUACUCUCUGGUUAUGUAUAACUACUAGGGGGAGGUGAUUUAAGACUCGUAUACCCAUAUUUGCAAACCAACUUUCUUCAAAUGUGCUUGCGCUUGUGCUUUUUCCCUGUGUUUAAAAAUCCUCUCUAAUCAUUAAAUCACUGUAGAUGAUAAUAUUUGACAGGUUGUGAAUAAGGUAAAUUUGUAUGAGCAGGCUACUAAAAUAAAUGAGAUUAUUUUGGUCAAAAG